UUUCUUCUUUUUGCUUGUCUACAAAAAUAAGCAAAGGAAAGAAAAGCCACAACAUAGAUAUACUGAAUCGCACAGCUCUAAGGAACUGCCCUGACAGUAAUAUAGAAGGUCACAAUCUGAUCGCUAGAGCAAGUGCAAUCUAAACAUGAAGUUUGGGAAGGAAUUUGCAUCACAAAUGGUGCCAGAAUGGCAAGAAGCAUACAUGGAUUACAAUUUCCUCAAGACCCUUUUGAAAGAAGUCCUACGUUUCAGGCUGAGAACCCGGCCACCAGCCACCCCUGGCAGUGGCCUAAAGCGAAAGAUGACGCUUUACAGAGCCUUCAGUGGUCUCACCCAGCGAAACAACCACCACUCCAUGAGCCCCUUGACUGCUGACAUUGAGAGCCAAGCCAUCCUAGUGAACCCAGUGAUCCGAGAUGGCUCGGAGGGCUACGAGACGAGGUUUCUGAUGGCAGGAGACGAGGGAGGAGAGUAUGAGCUGGUCUACUUCAGAAGGCUUGAUGAUGAAUUCAAUAAGGUGAACAGGUUUUACAGGGCUAAGGUGGAAGAGGUGUUGAAGGAGGCAGCCAUGUUGAACAAGCAGAUGGAUGCUUUGAUAGCUUUUCGAAUAAAGGUGGAGAAUCCUCAAGGUUGGUUUGACCGAUCUGCCGAGAUGACUCGUCUUGCUUCAGGCAUCGCUGCUUCUGCUGCUGCAUUAUCUGCUUCUACACCAUCUGGACCAAGAGCAGCAAACAGAAGACUUCACAUGGAUGUAAUUGAGGAAGGGAGGUCGAGCAGCCUGGAGCAUUUGGAUGAAUCGGGUGAUGAUAAAGAUGCUGAUGAAACCAAAACCGUGAGCCGAGAUGUUCAAGAAGAGAACCCAAGGAACAUGAGGGGUAGCAGGCCAGCUCGCUUGGAGAUACUCAACCGUGUGAAGAUGAACAACACUCUGGAGACUCCUCGUUCGACCAUAAAGGAUUUCCUCAAUGUCCCUAACAAUGCAGAGCUGAAAUUCAGCAGGGAAAAUCUGAAGAAGGUUGAAGAGCAGCUUAGGAGGGCUUUUGCUGAAUUCUACCAUAAGCUUCGUCUUCUAAAGAGCUACAGUUUCUUGAAUAUGCUGUCGUUUUCAAAAAUCAUGAAGAAGUAUGAUAAGAUCACUUCAAGAAAUGCAUCAAAACCCUACUUGAAAAUGGUGGAUAACUCAUACCUUGGCAGCUGUGACGAGGUUACAAAGCUUAUGGAGAGGGUGGAGGCCACAUUCAUCAAGCAUUUUGCCAACUCAAACCGCAGUAAAGGGAUGAGCAUUUUGAGGCCAACAGCAAGAAGAGAAAGGCACAGAAUAACAUUUUCCUUGGGUUUCUUUGCUGGUUGCUCAGCUGCUUUGCUGGUUGCCCUUAUUCUGAUUAUUCGUGCGCAAAACCUCCUAGACAAACCUGGUGGAACGCAGUACAUGGAGACUAUGUUUCCCCUUUAUAGCCUGUUUGGAUUCAUUGUUUUGCACAUGGUUAUGUAUGCUGCAAAUAUAUUCUUCUGGAGGCGGUACAGAAUUAACUAUUCAUUUAUAUUUGGAUUCAAGGAGGGAACUGAACUGGGUUACAGAGAAGUUCUCCUUUUAAGUUGUGGUCUUGCAGUACUAGCACUGGCUAGUGUGCUCUCAAAUCUUGACAUGGAGAUGGACCCCAAAACACGCGAUUACAAAGCCUUAACUGAACUUCUACCACUAGGCUUAGUAGUGCUUGUGAUUGUCAUAUUAUUUUGCCCCUUCAACAUCAUUUAUCGUUCCAGUCGAUUCUUCCUCCUCACAUGCCUGUUUCACUGUAUCUGUGCUCCACUUUACAAGGUCAUACUCCCAGAUUUUUUCCUGGCAGACCAGCUGACCAGCCAGGUGCAAGCAUUCAGAAGUUUGGAAUUCUACAUUUGCCACUAUGGCUGGGGAGACUACAAACUCAGGCAAAACACUUGCAAAUCAAGUGGUGUGUUCAAUGCAUUUUAUUUCAUUGUCGCUGUGAUUCCAUACUGGUCUCGCCUUCUCCAGUGUAUCCGACGCCUAUACGAAGAGAAAGAUGCAAUGCAGGGGUAUAAUGGGCUAAAAUACUUCUUGACAAUAGUAGCUGUUUGUAUGAGAACAGCUUACAGUCUCAACAAGGGAAUAAGUUGGAGGGUAAUAGCCUGGAUUGCCUCAGCUGCAGCAACUAUUUUUUCUACAUAUUGGGACCUUGUUUUUGACUGGGGCCUUCUUCAACAGCACUCUAAAAACCGCUGGUUGAGAGACAAACUCCUCAUCCAAUAUAAAGGCAUAUAUUUUGGAGCUAUGGUUUUAAAUGUCUUCCUGAGACUUGCUUGGAUGCAAACCGUAUUGAAUUUCUCAGUGUCGUUCUUACACAAAGAAGCUAUGGUUACUAUUGUUGCGAGCCUAGAGAUUAUUCGUCGUGGCAUAUGGAAUUUCUUCAGGUUGGAGAAUGAGCAUUUAAACAAUGUUGGCAAAUACCGGGCAUUCAAGUCUGUACCACUACCUUUCAACUAUGAUGAAGAUGAUGACAAAGAUGAAUAAGUGCCUUCUUGACACAGUUCAGAGAUAGUACUGGGGAAGGAAUGUAGAUAAAUGAUUAACAUUCUGGGUAGUGUUCAUGCGAAGCUCAGCCAUCUGGGGACAUUCGAAUGUUAAGCAGGAAGAAAAUGUUUAAUUGUUUGUGCAGC